AUGUCGGACAGUAUUGCUAUCUCCACUAUUAGGGCUUUAUCAUCUCGUUCAAAUUACGGGUCUUUGCCUCGUCCGCCAGCUGAGAAUAGAAUCAAGUUGUAUGGUUUGUAUAAGCAAGCGACAGAGGGCGAUGUUAAGGGUAUAAUGUUACGUCCUGUUGGCUUCACUCCUGAGGAUGAAGGUGCUAAGAAGAAGUGGGAUGCAUGGAAACGCGAAGAGGGCUUACCCAAAACCGAGGCUAAAAAGAAGUAUAUUGCGUUUUUGAUUGAAACAAUGAGAGUGUAUGCCAGCGGCACACAUGAAGCACGAGAGUUGUUGAAUGAAUUGGAAUAUCUAUGGGAACAAAUUAAAGAUUUACCGAUAUCGGAUGAAGAAAAUGAUUAUCACAUGAAUUUGCCCUCAAGAUCUCCGCUGUUUAGCCAGGCAGAUAGAUUCUCUAAUAGAACACCUAGUAUUGGUGGAAGAGGUGGUGGUGGUGGUGGUGGUGCCGCUUCUACGUUGAGCAACAUCUACUCACAUACGCGGAGGAACACGACUUUAUCUUUAAAUGACUAUGUCCAACAGCAGAGAUUGCAGCAUCAGUCACAACUCGCUGCAGGCUUUGAAACAGGUUCCCAGACUGCAGGAUUCAGUGGUGGCCUUGGUGGUGGUGGUGGUGGUCCAGGCUCAAUCUCAUCUAUGCCAGUCAGAGCUGGCUCGAACAUCAAUACUACUUCUAAUAAUAAUGGUGGUAAUCAUAAUAAGAAUAUUAUUGAAGAUUUCAAAAACUGGCAAAGUGACGUUAAUGCUAUAAUAAACAAACUUACUAGAGAAUUUAUAAGUAGCCGAAGGGAAAACCAAUCUUUGUCUCAUGGCGAAAACGAUGAUAACGAAUCUGUAUUAUCCUUGGAUGAAAUUGAAAUUACUAAACGGAGGAUUGUUCGAAUUUUGAAGGUGGUGGGUAUCAACAUAUUGAAAUUCUUCAAAAAUUUCGCUGUGAGCUUAAUUGCUAUAUUAUUUCUUGUCUGGUGUAUUAAGAAAAACGUUGUUGUUAAAAACACAAUAGUCAAACACGCCAAUAGCAAUGGUAAAGAAAAGAAGGAGCUUAUAAUUAAUAUGGUAUUGAAUACAGAUGAGAAUAAGUGGUUUAUCAGAUUGUUAAAUUUUAUAAAUAGUUUUGUUGGGUUUGUAUAG